AUGGCAGGCGCGACGGAGUUUAACAAUCCAUUACGAAAAUUUAAACUUGUUUUCCUCGGUGAGCAGAGUGUUGGCAAAACGUCACUCAUUACACGGUUUAUGUAUGAAACGUUCGAUAGUGUUUAUCAGGCCACAAUAGGAAUAGACUUCCUGUCAAAGACAAUGUACCUUGAGGACCGAACGAUUCGGUUGCAAUUAUGGGAUACAGCUGGUCAGGAAAGAUUCCGCAGUCUUAUUCCCAGUUACAUUCGAGAUUCUUCGGUCGCCGUGGUUGUGUACGAUAUUUGCAUGAGAGAGUCCUUUUCCCAGACUACGAAAUGGAUUGACGAUGUUCGCAACGAACGAGGGAACGACGUUAUAAUAAUGUUGGUCGGGAAUAAAACCGAUCUAGCAGAUAAGAGAAAAGUCACUACUGAAGAGGGUGAACGAUUAGCUAAGGAACUCAAUGUCAUGUUUGUCGAGACCAGUGCUAAAGCCGGUUACAAUGUAAAAAAUCUUUUCCGACGGAUAGCCACGGAACUGCUGAAAAAGGAGACGCCCCCUCCUCGUCAUGACGACUUGAUUGAGCUGAAACCGAACGAUCAACCGCCAGACAACAGUGGCAAGUUCUGUGGAUGUUGA